AUGUCUCCCUUUGAACACCUCCCUACAUCUGCUACUGGCACUGUCUCCAAGCAACAAGCCUCCUCCACCGAGUCCGACGAGUCUAACUCCUCGUUCCCCGAUCACAUCCAGUCACUGUUGAUCAAGUACGACGUUACGACCAACGGGUUUCUCCCGGAGGGACCACCGCUUGAGUUGCUGCCAGACGAGUACUAUGCCCCAUGGGAAGACCUCAUCAAGCGGUUGCCGGAGACGCUCGAUGCUGGCACGUUUCGAGCAGAGGUUGAUCGCUUGCCGGUAUUGCAAACGGAUCGACUGAUCAAGGAAGAAGAGUGGAGGAGGGCGUAUGUGGUGUUGUGUUUUUUUGCGCAUGGGUAUAUUUGGGGAGGGAGGAGACCUUCGGAGAUCCUCCCUGAGCCAAUUUCCGUCCCCCUCUUGUCUGUGUCCAAACACCUCGACUUGCCUCCCAUAGCGACGUACGCAUCUCUCAACCUUUGGAACUUUCGUUGUGUUCCUCCCCCGUCAUCUUCGUUUCCUUCUUCUCCCCCCGCAAUACCCGCCUCAUUCUCUUCCUCUCCUCCAUCUCUCACCACAUGCAGCGCCGCCAAAGCACCCAAGGUAUUCGACCCAACAGACCUCUCCCGCUUACAAACCCUACACACCUUCACCGGCACCUCCUCCGAGUCCUGGUUCUACCUCGUCUCCGUAGCAAUGGAAGCCCAAGGAGCAUACAUCAUCCCCAUCAUGCUUCGCGCGUUGCAAGCCAUCGGUUUGCGCUCCGAGACAUGGAAGGAGUCGACGACCAAGGCGCUAAGGGAGUUGGUACACUGCGUGCAAGCUGUAGGGGAGCUGUUGGAACGGAUGUAUGAGGGGUGUGAAGCUAUGGUGUUUUAUCAUCGGAUUAGACCUUACUUGGCGGGGAGUAAGGGGAUGCAUGCUGGUGGGCUGGGGUUGGGGAGGGGGGUGUUUUAUGAUUUGGGGCCUUUCAGUCCUGCUGGUUUUGAGAAGACGGGGGAGAAAGGGGAAGAAGGGGAAGAAGUGGAAGAGGUGGUGCAAGGACAAAAGAGAAAAGGAAAGUGGAUGGCAUACAGAGGCGGGUCGAACGGGCAAUCGUCGCUUAUCCAGUUUUGGGAUCUGGUGCUGGGGGUGGAACAUGUUAGUGCUGGACACUCUUCUCCUCACUCUUCCGGUGCUUCCGAUUCCGCCCAUUCCGACACAAAAGAAAAAGAGAAACCCUUCCAUGAUGAAGUAAGGGAGUACAUGCCGCUUAAACACCGACAGUUUCUUUCACUGGUAUCAAAGAUGGGACUGGGAAAAGGGGGGAUCAGAAAAGCAGUGAUGGAGAUGGUGGAAGCCGCAGAGCACGAGGGAAGAGAGUUGGACGAAAAGGAGAGGGAGUUGCAGGGUGCUUUCACCGAUGCGACGAGGGCGUUGGCGGGCUUCAGGAAUAAGCAUUUGCAGAUUGUCGCGAGGUAUAUCGUCAUUCCUUCGAGGCAGGCGGUGCCGGAGGGGAUGAAGAGGCCGGGGGUAUCUCUGGUGGAUGGAGAAGUUGGAGCGAACGAGGGGCAGGUGGUGAAUCUGGCGACUGCUAGUUCGGGGUUGUCGCAGGGGAGUGAUGACAAGAAGAACGAAGGACCGGAAUUGACGGGCACCGGAGGAACAGCUUUGUUGCCGUUUUUGAAGCAGACGAGGGAUGAGACGUUGAAGGCGGGGGAGGUUGGCAAAUGAAUUAGAGUGCAGGGAGGGAAAGCACGAUGGGAUAGCGGAUGACAACCGAAUGAUGCAUGGAUCGAGGUGGAUGUUUGUAAUUCUUUGGCGCUUCGGAUCCGGAAUAAAGGCAAGAAUAAAGGAGUUGGGACGUUGGAACCAAAAUAGGUUGUUGGAGACGACAGGACGGGAGAUAGCUUCACCAAAAUCAAGAAAUGCCAAGACACGGUAAUGGC